AUGAUUGAUUGGAUGUAAAUUUAAUUCUGUCUAUUGUUAUUAUUGAAAGUUGUAAUUGAUAAAAUGAUAUUAUCUGAAUUUAGUGUGAUUUGGGAAUAUAAUUUUAUGUAUAAAUAAAAUGAUUAUCUAUAAGGAUGGGAUAUUGAGUAAUCUGUGGAUUCUGAGGAAGGCGAAAAAAAAUAAGGCACUCAGGUUUCCAACAUUACCAAAACUCAGCCAUCAGAUAGGCUAAGCUUUAAAAAGUUAUUCUUAAAGAGUCCUUAACUUUCACCCAUAAGGGUCAAUCCUCCAAACCAUUAAACAACUCCACUGAGGGAAUCAAUAAAAGAAAAGUUUGUGUUUGUUAAUCAAUUAAUGAAUAAGAAGAGUGAUAUGAACAAAGGAUGUGAUUAUGAUAUUGAACAAUCUCAUCAUGCAUUUAAUAUAAAAUUGCAAUAACCAAUCAACAUAGCAAAUUUAAGAAUAAAAUUGAAUGCCAUUCCAAAAUAACCAUAACAUACGAAAGCAUACACGCAGAACCAAUUGUAAGCGAUGAUGCAGUUGAAACGUAGAAACCUGUAUUUGAGAUCGGUACUCAAAAAAGUAUGUGUGUGUUGAAUAUUAAGGUUUGUCAUGAGGGUGAUGAACGAUACUCUAAUCAUCAAAAAGCUCAGCAACAGGAAAUAUUUCUGGGUUAUCGAUACAUGGAUGAAGAUCUGCAGAAAUUGUAGAGUCCAAGCAAUAGCAUGAAUCUCUAGUAAGUGUAUGUAUAUUGUAUCUAGAUAGCAAUCCCGUAAGAAUAGCAACAGGAGACCUGUAAAGGUGAAGCAAUAAUUGUGA